CGAGGUGCCGAUUUGAAAUUGUAGAAGUUUUUCACACACAGCAGGCUACCCAUAUACAGCUUCAACUUAAGCCUCCCUCGGGGGACCACAUUAAAAAAAGUUUGAAAAGCCCUUUUCUAGACAUUAUAACAGCAUGCAAGUGUGAGCGUGGGCUAGCAUGUGUACGUCCGUCCUCUAUCAAUGUGCCCGCGCUCGCUGUCUGUAUUUCAAUGCCCUGCAGUCAGGUUUUCACCGAUGACUGGCUCGAACCCCGGAAGAAAGAAUGACGAAUAUGAGCAAUCAGUUCACAGCGUCUGACAAAUCCGCUCCUGUUCAGACCCUGCCGGACUCAUCUUCCUCCGCUCUCGGUUUCUGUCUCGCCUAACAAAAACAUUGGAGUGACUUUUAGAAAAAUGAAUGUAUUUCACCUGCAAAGACUCUUGUUUGUCUUGGUGUUCGUGUUGAGCUCCUGUCAAGCGUUCAACUUGGAUGUGAGGUCUCCAGUCGUCAAAGAGGGAAAAACAGCUGGCAGUUUGUUUGGACUUUCUGUUGCACUCCACGAGCAGGUCGUGGGAGAGAAAAGACACCUACUUCUUGUAGGAGCACCAAAGGAAAAAGCGGAGUCGGGAGUGUCAGCCAAUGAGACUGGAGAUGUAUAUGCCUGUCCAAUCACUGCAGACCGCAACGACUGCAGAAGACUGAACCUUCUCAGCUCAAAUUCUGAAGACAAACCAGACCCUAAAAAUGAUGUGAUGGAUGGGAUGUGGCUAGGUGUGUCAUUAGCCAGUCAGAGUCAACCAGGGGGCCGUGUACUGGCCUGUGGCCAUCGUUAUAUACGAAACUUUGCAACCAACUUUCGGAUGAUUGGGAGGUGCUAUGUUCGUGGAAAUGAUUUACAAUAUGACACAGCAGACUCUCAAUGGCAGUCAUACAAUGAGGUGUGUGACCCCAGAGAUGAUCAGACUAGUGAAGGCAUGUGUCUUGCUGGAAUGUCUGCUGCCAUCACUCAGACGGAGAUCUUCCUGGGUGCACCUGGAUGCUUCAACUGGCAAGGAAACACAUUUUCGCUGUGGUAUAACCCAGAAGAUAGGAUUGAUGAUGUGAAGAGCAAGCUUCCAAACAUGAAAAGAGGGAAUAUUUACAUUGGUUACUCUAUAGCUGUGGCUCAAAAUGUGUUGAGCAAAGACAAAGACACAGUAGUAACAGGAGCUCCAAGAGAUGAAGCCAGAGGAUCUGUAACGAUGGCUGAAGUUCAUAGAAUUGGUGCCAGUAGAGAAGUCAAAAUAAAAGCCACUGUGAUGGGGGAACAAGUUGGAUCCUAUUUCGGCAGCAGCGUUGCUGUUGUUGACCUUAACAAUGAUGGUUGGAAGGAUCUGAUUGUUGGAGCCCCUUUCUAUUUCAACCGGAGAAAAGAUGAAGGCGGGGCGGUGUAUGUCUAUAUGAACCAGAAUGGGUCUUUUCGUGACAAAGCUGACAUGGUGCUCACUGGGCCUAAGAACUCCGCUUUUGGCAUGGCUGUUGUUGCUAUUGGUGAUGUUAACCAGGAUGGCUUUCAAGAUUUUGCUGUUGGUGCUCCAUAUCAGAGUACAGGCAGAGUAUCGAUAUGGAUGGGCAGCAAAACGGGUAUUUCCCAAAUGCCUAGUCAGGUCAUUGAUGGAAAAGACAUCCCAGGUGGUGGAUUCCAGACGUUUGGCUAUUCCAUUAGUGGUGGCAUGGAUGUGGACAGGAACAGUUACCCAGACAUAGCUGUUGGAUCAUUAGAUGAUCGCGUGGUCUUGCUAAGAGCACGUCCUGUGAUUCACCUAAAGAAUUCUUUCACUGUGACACCAGAGGUUAUCAACCUAGAAGACUGUGAUGCCUGUAUUGAAGCAAAGAUCUGUUUGUCCUACACAUUCAGCACUGUCAGUGCCAGUCCCCAGAAGAGUAUUAGUUUUCAAUAUACGGUGGAAGCCGAUCAAUCUUCUCGGAGCCCUCGUGUUCGUUUCCUUGACAACAAAGAUGGCAAAUACACUGGCAAAAUGUCUGUUAAUCCGUCUGGAGAUUGCCAUUCCCUGAAACUCGAGCUAGUGUCCAAGACGAUCCAAGACAAGGUUGCUCCAAUAGUUUUCUCGCUGAGGGUGUCUUUGGUGGAGACUCCUCCCUCAGGUGGGCAGACGUUGGAAGACAUCAGUGCUUUUCCUGUGAUCAGCCAAAAAGAUGCUCUGACUUACAGAGCUGAGAUUCACAUUCAGAAAGCCUGUGGAUUAGAUAACAAAUGUGAGAGCAACCUUCAGAUGACGGCUGUAUUCACAGAUGAGCGGAACAUGCCGUUCCCCACGCGGAAUGGCCAGCAGAUUUUCCACUACAGUACUGACGUAAAGAAGGUGAAGUUGAUGGUGAAUGUGUCUAAUGUUCCAACACAGGACAGGAAAGCAGAAGAUGCUUACGGUGCUUCUCUAAAUGUCACCAUUCCCACCUCGCUCAGCUUCUCCAGCCUGAACCCCAAGAACUUGAAUGUCAAAUUAUCUCCUGAGGUGCCUUAUCUUCUGUGUACACUGGGGGACCCCUUCAAAAGCAAUCAGAGAGUGGAGAUUGAGAUCACCUUUGAAACGACAGGAAUCACACUAGACAUGCAGGAGAUUCAGACUGAACUGCAGCUCUCAACGUGGAGCGAUCAGAAUGAUCUACAGCCCCUGUCGAGAGUGCUGAUGGUGGAGUACAACCUACGGCCCACCUUUAAUAUCCUUUCAUCCGAGUUUAAGACAGAAUUCAGUGGAAAUGUAAUGGGAGAAUCAGCCAUGAAAAGUACCAGUGACAUUGGAAGCCCAGUGGAAUUCAACUUGACGGUGACUCUUUCUGGAAAACCUCUGGGAAAUCUGGGGUAUCUGGAAGUGGUCUUUCAGUGGCCUUAUGCUGUGGCUAAUCAGAAGUGGCUGCUAUAUCUGUCAGAGAUUCAGAUGACAGGAACCUCCAAGACAUUCUGUGUCCCUGAAAAUAACGUCAUAAACCCCCUUAAUCUCACUGUGUCAGAGCGCAAGACUAGAAGGAGGAAAAGAGACGAGGCCUCCUUGGAGUCUGAACAGACUGAACCGCAGGCCCUCCCGAACUCGCGGGCCAUCCAGAGGAAACCUUUUGCCAACCUGAGCUGUGACGAAGGUAGUGCCCUCUGUCAGACAUUCACCUGCCCCUUGCUUGGCAUGGACACCUCGGCCAAUCUCACUGUCAGAGCACGCUUAUGGAACAGCACGAUGCUUGAGGACUACAAUGCUGCUAGAGUACUUGUGAAUGGUAGAGCCACGCUGAGUCUAAAAACAGACAAACCAAGCAUCAAGAUGAGAAAUAACACCCGUGAGUUUACAGUAGCUAUAGACCCUGCAGAGGCAGAAGAGCUUCAGUAUGAAGUGCCUCUGUGGAUAAUCAUUGUGUCCGCGUUGGCAGGAGUGAUUCUGCUGGGUCUGAUUGUCAUUUUACUGUGGAAGAGUGGCUUUUUUAAGCGGGCUGCCUACUUUCAAACUAUGCCAAAAUACCAAGGCGUGAAGAUUUGUAAGAAGGAACGGUACCAGGUAAACCAGGGAUUUUUAAUUGUGGACACCACAAAAAAUAAGAAGCACUGGAUCACUAGCUGGACUGAAAAGACACAGUACUACUGAUGAAAGCACUCUUAAAUUGUCUUUUUUAGACAGUGGAAUGGACUUUACCUGAACUCUGCAUGAUUUGAUUGGAACUUCUUCUGGAUAUCAGAUAUAAUUGAACAUUUUCAUUCAAAACUGUCUAGCAUGAACUGAUUAUACAGAAGACUUUGUGUGAGAUUACACACUGUAUUGAUGUUUAUUUUGGUUACAGUUUUUCAACAGAAUACAUGUAUUAUGUAUGCUGACAGGCUCAACAAUAAGGGUUUUUCCUGCUGGCUCAGUAUUUCAGAUUUGUGCUUGGCCUGCCAACAUUUUCAGUGUCACCCACCUCAAAGGGAUGAUCCAUUUUUUAUAUUUACGCUCUUAAAAAUGAAGGUUCUUCAUUGGCAUCUAUGGUUCCAUGAAGAACCUUUAACAUCCAUGGAAUCUUUCCAAUGCACAAAGGAUUCUUUAUAGUGGAAGAAUGUUAUUGAGAUUUUGAAAAUGUUCUUUACACUUCUUUUAAGAACUUUCUACUGAAAGGUUCUCUUGGGAACCCAAAUAGUUCUUCUAAGGUAUCACAGUCUUUAUUUUUAAGAGAAUUGCAAUGUGUUUUUACUGUAGGUUAUAUUUGCUAUAGAUAAUUUUUCAUUAAAUGUUACAUUUUAUUUUUUGGAGUAAAAUUCUUUUAUUAUAAUUGCAAGAAGACAACAUGCAACAAGCUGGAAAUUAUAUAGCUAAAAUGUACUGUAAUUAAUUUCUGCUGAAAAACAAUGGCUUACACUGACGAAACAAACAAACGUGGUUUUGAAACAAUUUUCACUCAAACAAAUGGCAAGUAACAAAUUGAAUUAAACAUGAAAUUUUAAAGCAGAACGACUAAAAUUGUAUUUUUAAGGUGUACUCUAAUCUUAUUUUUUUUUUUUUACAACUUUGAAAAGUCAUUUUUACAGUGCAAAACAUAUUGGCAUGUAGUUUUCAACACAUUUUGAUUCUGUCAAAUCAUUUUGUUUUAAAAUUUAACAAAACAUUAUAUGUGUUAACCAACAAGACGAAUACAGCCAAACGCUUACGUGUGAAAAGCAUAAAAAUGGAUGUACAAAAUCAAUUAUUGUGAAUUUGAAAUCAGUGUAAAAUUGUCAUCCACUUGUCUAGUGGGUCAUCCUUGUUGUUGAGCUCUGUGUUAUGUUUGAUUUUCAUUCUUUCGCAUUUGUUUGUGUGACGACUUGUAUGUUAUGUGUCCUGUAACUGAAAAUAGCACUGUAUUUUCUCUUCGACUUUCCUAAAAUCUGUUGCCCAGUCAUGACUCACUAUCCCUCUCAUUCCCUUCUUGCUUUAUAUAUUUUUAUCUUGCAUCAGGUCACGUUCAUGUGGAACGCUGAUGGAUUUCAAAGAAAAAAAACUGAACAUAUGAAUGCGAAUUGUUCAGUGCAGGAGAGUAAACAGACAUGCACACAAAUACUCCUCGCCUAUGCAGUUGGGACAGUAGCCUACCUAAUUUCAAAUUCAGCCUUUUUUUAGCUCCAUCAGCAACAUAGCCUAUGUUUCAUGCCCUGAUUGUUCAUUUUACAGUCAGGUUUUAGAUCUUGUGGGGGAUUAUGUCAGUUGUAAAUGUAACGAUUAAAUUUGUCCAAUAACCUGU